AUGGCAAAAUUUUAUCUCCUAAGCAUCGCAUUAAUAUUUCAUUCCUGCUUAUUUGCAGCAUCAAGGACAUUAUCCGACAUUAGAAAGCGGAAUAGUGAUGUAGCGGAUGAUUAUUUGACAUUACGAUUAGUCAGCACGGUGUUCAGACACGGCGAUCGUACAAUGGACAGGAAGAAUCGCGAAUAUUAUCCAAAUGAUCCAUAUAACUUUCGUAAUUUCUAUCCAGUUGGCGACGGAGAGUUAACUAAUGCUGGCAAGAAAAGAGCGUACGAGUUAGGGCUGUUGUUAAGAGAUAAAUACGAAAAUUUCAUCGGGAAUUUGUAUUAUCCACCGAAUGUCUACGCACGUAGCACAUGGAUAAGUAGAACCAAAAUGACCCUACAAUUAGUCCUUGCGGGGCUUUUUCCGCCUGAAGAUAUUCAAAAGUGGAACUCGGAGCUUUCUUGGCAACCAGUAGAUAUGAUAUACUUUCCAAUGAAUGAAGAUGAUUUGCUGUUUUCAAUGAAAUGUUCUGAGUACAAUAAAGCUUACAAAAAUGUACUACAAAAUGCAGAAGUGAAAAAGAAAAUAAAACAAUUUGAAGAUUUGAUGAAGAUAACGUCACAGUAUACAGGAAAUAAUAUUACAAGUCUUGUAGACCUUGUUAGUUUGUAUAAUAUUUUAUAUGCAGAAUCAUCUAUGGGAUUAACUUUACCUAAAUGGACGCAAGACAUAUUUCCUAACGGCAAACUUUUAGAUGCGGCUCUCUUAUUCUUUGAACUACUUAGUUACGAUCAAUUAAAUAAUCUCAAUGGAGGUGUGUUAUUGAAUAGAUUAAUUAAUGACAUGGACAAAGUGAUCAACGGAACUCUAAAUCGCAGAAUUAAUCUCUUCUCCGGACAUGACAUAAAUGUAUCUGCAUUGCUACUUGCUCUAAAUAUUUCCAAGCAUCAUUUUCCACAAUAUACGAGCUGCGUUAUUAUAGAAUUACACGAAAAAAAUAAAAAGUAUUUUGUCAAAGUAUUAUAUUACCUCGGUAUUCCACCGAAAAUAAUAGAAGUUAACAUUUCUGGUUGUGAAGUAUUUUGUCCAUACGACAAAUUUAUCGAAUUAACUAAGAGUACAACUAAGGCAUUUGAACAACCGUGUCAUCUAGGGAAUUUCACUUCAAGUGACGAUAUGUUUAAAAGUUGA